AUGGCCAAAAAAAGGUUGAAUGCUUCCAUUAAAAGAAGUAGAACUAGAUCAGGAUGUUUAACGUGUAGGGAUAGACAUGUUAAAUGUGAUGAACAACAACCAGUUUGUAAGAAUUGUAUUAAACUGAAAAGAAAAUGUUAUAGAGGAAUUCGAUUGAAUUUCACUCAAUAUACUAUUUAUAAUCCAUCCCAAGAAGUUAAUAAUAAUUUAAAGCAAUAUCAACAAUAUCAAAAUUUUAAAUUAUUAGAUCAAUCAAUAACAAUUGCAUCAUUAUAUGAAAAUGGUAAAAAAUUAUAUGAACCAUAUUUAUAUUUACAUAAUAAAGAAGAUUUAAAAGAAUCGGAUUUACAAUAUCAACAAGAUAUAUGUUGUUCAAUAUCUAAUGUUAAUAAAGAAAAUGAAUACGAAGAUAUAAUAACAACAAUGCCAUCAUCAACCAUUCCAACAGCACCAGCACCAGUACCAAUACCAGCUAGUGCAACAAAUUUAAUUGAUGAAUGGAUACCAAAUAAUAAUUUAGGAGAAAAUUUUGAUAAUACUUCGAUAUUAGAAAAUUUUGAUAUAACUAAUUAUUUAUUACAAGAAUCGAAUUUAACCAUUAAUAAUUUAAAUGCAAAUCAACAACCAAUAAUAUUGAAUGAACCGAUUAAUAAAUAUAAUAUUGACAUUAAUAAAUUUAUUAAUUUAAUUCAAUAUCAAAAAUAUUAUUGGUUAUUAGAUUUAUUUAAUGAAUUAUUUAUUUGGAAAUCGAUUAUACCUUCAUAUUGUCUCAAAUUAACUGAAAUUGAUAAUCAAAAUGAAGAAUAUAAAUUAUUAAUUAAUUGUUUAUUAAAUUGUUCAAUUAAUGAUAUAUCAUUAACCACUUUAAAACCAUUGUUAAAUCAACAAUUAAAUCAAUGGAAUCAAAUUAAAAAUUAUGAAAUUAAUCAAGCAAAUUAUAAAAAAUUUGAAAGAUUAUUAAUAAGUAUUGUUUUUUUAUUUUUAAAUAUACUUAUUACAAUACAAAAAAAUAAAAAUUUUGAAUUGAAUUAUGAUGGGAAAAUAAUUCUUAAUAAUCAAUCAAAAUUUUUCAAUCAAAUUAUAAAAAAAUAUGAAUUUGAUUAUGUUUUCAAAUCAAUCAUAACCAUAAGUUCUAUUCAUUCAAUUAUUAUUUUGAAAUUUUUCAUAAAUAAAGAAAUGAAAUUAAAAUUUGAUAAAGAUAUAAAUGAGGAUGACAACGAUGAUAUAAAUUAUAAUGAUGAAAAUCCAACAUUAAAUUCUUUUAUUAAACUAAAUGAUUUUGAAAUUUCAAAUUUAAAUUCAAAUUUUAUAAAAUUUGAAUUUGAUUCAAAUAAUUUCCCCCAAAAUGAUUCUCCCAAUAAACUGGAAUCUUUUAAAUUAAGACAAUUUAUUUGGUUAACCAUAAAAUUAGAUUAUAUUGAUAAAUUCCCAAUUUAUUCCUCAUUAUUUAAUAUUAAUCUUAAUUUAUUAAAUGAUUUUAAAAAUAUUAUUGAUUUUACCUCAUUUAAUAAUAACGAUGAUAAUUUUAAUAUCCUAUUACCAAAUGAUCAAGGUAUUUUAAUUAAUUUAUUAAAUCUAUAUUGUAAUAAAUUAAUUAAUUCAAAUGAUUCAAUUCAUUGUAAUGAUAAAAUUAAUAAUAUUUUUAAAAUUAUUGAAAAUUCAAAAAUGGAAUUAGAUAUUAAAGAUCAUUGGUUAACUACUUUCAAUUGGUUACUAGAUUAA